AUGGCUGUUACUGAAAUUCUGAGUCUACUGAGUUGCUCUCUACUGUGGAUAUCUGUUAACAAGAAAACCCACAAAAUAGUGGAUGUCAAUGAAAACAUAAUGCAGUACGAAAAUGACCGUAACAAAAAAAACUUCAAGAAAGCAUUCAUAAGCGUUAUAUGCUUCUUAACAAUAACCCUACCGACAUUUGCCAGCGCAGCAGUGAUGUUAAUUGCCAAGGUAACGCAGGACGACGUGCACAAACACCUCACUUUCCUGACGUUUGGAAUUCAAGUCGACGUUGGAAUGUACUAUAAAUACAUUCUUCUGUUCGUGUUGAGAUCGUAUGACAUCACUAAUUGUUUUGUGUACGCACAGAUGACGUGUCUCUUAUUUUCUGUCAUCUCCCACAACGUCAGUUGUAGUGUCGCUGAGACGUGUGAACAGAUGUCUGUUUGCGCCAACGAUAUCAACACGUUCUGCGCAGCUCGGAGAGCCUUCCUAGGUUACAAGAAGAUACAGAACACUGUUAACGACUUGGAAAAUGCCAUAUCCUUACCACUGUUCUAUGGUAUGGUGUUCCUCUUGAGCGAGCUUUUCGCCUUGAUGACGAAUAUUGUGCCGAUGGUGCGCCUCCAUAAAUCCAUUCGUAUUUUCGUGAUCGUCUUGUGGGCGCUUCUGACCACCAGUUUCCACUCGAUGUUGCUCAUAUUUCGUGUUUCAAGGAUAGAGGAGAACUACAAGGCAGUGACCAGAGCUUUUGUAAAUUUUCCAGACGAUGACAUGAGUUCGGUGCAGACCAGAGAAUUCCUGCAGCUGUUGAAAAUGUCUGUGUUCCGAGACGAAGUUCAAGUGACGGCGUGGGGAAUGUUUCCAAUCAGGCGAGGAUUUAUAUUAACUGUUGUCGGAACUCUAGCUACUUAUGGUGUUUUACUCGUCCAGUUCAGUUAGAAAUAAAAGCCGAUUGUUCGAACAGUAAAGUAAAACCUGGCUACAAUAA